CAUCAGAGUUGCGUGGGUGCUUGUUCUGUGGGUUGCUGUGUGUUUGACGAAGAUAACGAGUUCUGCAAAAUUGCCAAAUAUUGUUUUCGUACUGACAGAUGACCAGGAUGUAUUUUUAGGAGGAGAGACUCCUAUGACGAAAACAAAACGGCUGGUUGGUGACAAUGGCAUUAAAUUCAAUAAUAUGUUUGUGACCAGUCCGCUAUGUUGUCCGAGUCGCUCCAGUAUAUUCACAGGCAAGUAUAUCCACAACCACAAUGCUCUCAACAACUCUGUGGCUGGGAACUGUAGCAGCCCAGCCUGGCAGGCAGGCCCAGAGAAAGAAGCUUUUAUCACCAAAAUAAAGAGCCAAGGAUACAACACCUUCUUCUCUGGAAAAUAUCUCAAUCAGUAUGGAUUCCCUCAAACAGGAGGUGUUCAGCAUGUGCCCCCAGGGUGGGAUUGGUGGGUGGGACUGGUGGGUAACUCCAGGUAUUAUAACUACGCCCUGUCAGUCAAUGGAACUAUGGAGAAGCAUGGGAAAGACUAUGAGAAGGAUUACCUGACAGAUGUUAUACACAGAAGAGGCAUAGAGUUUCUGAAUUACCAGACAGAGAACGACCCAUUCUUCAUGAUGCUGUCCACCCCAGCAUGCCACGCCCCCUUCACCCCCGCCCCCCAGUAUGCCAAGAACUUUUCUGAUUUGAAAGCUCCAAGAAACGGCAGCUACAAUGUUCAUGGAACUGACAAACACUGGUUGAUCCGAGCUGCCAAAUCUCCCAUGAGUCAGGAGUCUGUAGAUAUGGCUGACGACGCCUUCAGAAAUAGAUGGAGGACCCUGUUGUCUGUCGAUGACAUGGUGGAAGAUGUGGUGAACACAUUACAGCAGAAAGGUUUGCUGGAUAACACCUAUAUCUUCUUCACAGGUGACAAUGGAUUCCACUUGGGUCAGUUUUCUCUGCCGAUUGACAAGCGCCAGUUGUAUGAGUUUGACAUCCGGGUGCCAUUGAUGGUGAGGGGGCCUGGUAUAGCUGCAGGGCAGGUUAGGGAGGAAAUCAUGUUAAAUAUAGAUUUUGCACCAACAUUUGUGGAGUUAGCAGGGUUAUCUCCCCCUGUUGAUAUGGACGGAAUGUCAAUGGCCAAAGUUCUGAUGGACAAGAGUAACAAGAGCCUAUCGUUCCGUGACACAUUCCUGGUGGAGCAUGUUGGAGAGUAUACAAUUAAUAUCCCAGGCUGUCCUAACCUCUACAACCAAGAUGUUAUGAUAUGUUCCAGCGAUUGUGUUUGUGAGGACUCCCGUAACAACUCGUUUGGUUGUCUGAGAUCUAUCAAUUCUAAGAGCAGUAUGAAGUACUGUGAAAUGGCAGAUGAUCAGGCUUGUCAAGAUUAUUGCCCUGCUUUGUGUGACUCUAAGAACAAUACGUUUUCCUGUGUGCGCGUUAAGGAGGAUGGCAUUGAUGUCAAGUACUGUGAGAUUCCUGAUGAUAAUCAUUUCAUUGAACAUUAUGAUGUGACAGAGGACCCAUUUGAGCUUACCAACCUCUACCCUGCAGUAGGAGAAGCCAAACUUGCUAAGUACAAGGACUUGCUGUAUUCCAUGGCCAGAUGUGCUGGAGAAAAUUGCAAACAAACUUUGCAACCAAAGUCAAUUCAAAAAUUACAUGAAUAAGACAGUUUUGAGAGUAAUCUUACAGAGAUUCUUCAGAAUUACAUGUGAAAUACUCGCAUUAAUAAAAUUUCUUAGCUGAUGGAUCAAAAUAGCGAAAAACACAGACUGUGUUAGAUGGACAUGGUGUUGAGACUGAUAACUGAUGGACCAGAUCACUGACAUUUAUAUUAUUGAUAGACAUAAAGAUGAAGAGGACGUAUUGUGGGAAGGAAUUUUCUUUGAUCGAUUGGACUGAUUGCUUAUACUUUCAUCAUUGACCUUACUAGUGAAUUUCUGAAAGCAGUGAAGACUCCUAAAGUAUAGAUGUGUGUGGUGAGUUGGUGACAUUUGCACGCUUUAUUGGCAUAACUUUUGUAAUUUUGAGUCUGAUUUUUGUUGAUAUGUGAAUAUUUCUUACUCCCAAAUAAGUAAUGGACAAUAAACAUUAUAAUCGUUUAAAAGACA